AGCCUGCGUGCCGGAAAGGAUACUUGCGUUUGAGACAUCGAUGUGAAGUGUGGAAGAAAGUCACGUUCGCCGAAAUUUUGAAAGUGAAAUCAAGACUGAUAGAAUCAUUACAGUGAAUUUUUUCAACAUUGCUAUAAAAUUCUCCUGCAAACAAAGGCUUUAUAUUGCGAAGAAAAAUGUGUCUUCCUCUUCUUUUCAAAAUGACGCCUACAUUCUGCUGGAUGUUCCUGCUGGCGUGCCUGGUGGGCCGUGUCGCGAGCGUGCCGCAGCCUCUCCUGGUGGACGCCUGCGCUCUGAUCUGCAACCCUGGAGCGGAGACCGAGUCCGAACGCGAACGGGAUACAUCCCUGUAUCCCCGAUACCCGAAAGUGGACUGUAAGCUUCAGUCCGACAAGGAUGAGAGCCAGGCGUGGGUUAUCACCAGCAACUGCUUGAAACUGUGCAAUGUGGAAUUGUCGAUCAGCAUGGAAGUUAAUUGUUUCGCUCUGAGAUCGUCGCUCGGAGCGAACCUGGGUUGCUACUGCGAGGCUCUCACACCCCUGAGUCCGAACACGAUCCGCCUCAACGAGGAUUGGAAGAUGAAUUUCUUGGUGAAGGAAUUGGCGAACGACCUCGUCACCACGAUCUUGAACUCGCCUCUCGAUGAACUGAUCAUAUGCGAAAUUCACAAGGAGUUGUUGAACAGUACUAAGCUGGCGGUAAAUAAAUUUAAGGUUUGCGACCCCACUUACGGCAAGUUAGAAGCUGCUUCCCUUAUAAAAGAGGAUGAAGGAGAUGAUAAAGAAGAAGAAAGCAAAGAUAAAAAAGAAGAAGAACCGGAACAUCACAUUAGUAGAAAACGCGAUGUAUCUGUACCGUCACCUGAUGCACCAGUGAAUCAAUCAGAACACACAGCAAAACGAAGGAUAUCAAUAUCCGACUCAAGACCAGUAGAUGAAGUUGUAACAUCUCGUGACGAUGAGAAUGAAGAGAAGGAACAUGAAAAAGAAAAGAAAAUAGAAGUAGAAGCAGAAGAAGAGAAAAAAACGCAAGGUCCCACGGAAAAAGAAGAAGUUAAGGUGCUUCUCCCCGUGAACGGAAAUCCAGCGCCGGAAGAACUGUAAGAAGCGACUGUAAGAACAUCAAGGAAACGUAUGCUAAAUACAUAAAACUGCAAAAAAGUUGAAUUUGUACAGCUUACGUAGAUUAUUCGGUUCAUGGUGACUUGUUACGUUAAAAUUAAUUCUACUCGUAAUCGGGGAGACUUCUCAGAAAGAGAUGAUCAUUUAAAGCAUGUACAAUAAUAUUCGUUUUAUUACUUGAAUUGAGUUGUCUAUUUAUAAUUUCGUGAUUCUUUGUUUAUAAAUAAUAUCAUAGGUUUCAUAAAUUAAAAAAUUAUUAUUUAGUAAAAUUGUGUGAUAUGCAUAAUUUUAGGAGUUGGAUAAUUUGUUAUUAAAUAUUAACAACGUUUCAUUCUAUAGCAUUAUGUAAUAAUAAUUACAAAGCGUUAAAUAUAUUGGUGAUUAUUUCGUUUUUGUCAAAAAGAAAAAAGAUAUUUGCUAUUUAUAUACAUAUUUUUAUAUCAAAUU